CGCACUGCGCAUGCUCCCUACAUCCUCACCUCCACACACACGUCGAGGGACUUGAAAGCUUGAAUAAAGAUGCUCAACGUCUCGGGUCGCAGGAGCCUUGUCACCGGGUGAAACUGAGUUAUCUGGGAGGACGCACGCGGUAGGAACCGUGUAGAUUAUAGCUGAAAGACUCGUUGAAUCCUGGUUUAUGCGCGCGGGCACUCCAUCUACAUGGAACUGAAGAAAUCUAUUUCGGACACCGAGCGCGCGCUCAGGAGCUACGGCGCCGUGUCGGAAACUGCAUGGACGACGGACAAAGGUCAUUCAGAUGUGUCCAUGGCAGAGAGCACCAUGGCUCCAGAGGAGAUCGAGGUGGAGAUGACUCGUAUCCAGCGCCUGCGAGAGGUCCUGGUACGCCGGGAGUCAGAGCUGCGCUUCAUGAUGGAUGAUAUUCAGCUUUGCAAAGACAUCAUGAGUUUAAAGCAGGAGCUGAGACAGAUUGUCGCAGUACCAGAGAAAGACAAAACCAAGAAGCACAAGCAGCGGGAAGAGGAGCUGAUCCUGAAGAUCCAUAAACUGGUGCAGAAGAGGGAUUUCCUGGUCGACGAUGCUGAGGUGGAGAGAUUAAGGGAGCGAGAGGAGGACAAGGAGAUGGCUGAGUUCCUCAGACUGAAGCUGAUGCCUCUGGAGAAGAAGCUCAAAGUCACACAAAAUCCCCCAAAGCCCAAGAGACAAAUCCCGGAGCCGCCGCCCAACAAACCAUCCAUCACCAAGUCAGGAGUGGCCAUCAUUAAGGAUUGCUGUGGAGCCACCCAGUGUGCCGUCAUGUAACUGACAGAGACCUCUUUAUGAUCCCGUCCAUGUGUCAGAAACAACACACUCGCAUCACCUGCCAUGCCAUACAUCAUUUCCUGUGACUCAGAGAACCUCAGUUAGCUGUGUUUCCCCUCGAAACUGUUCAGGAAUCAGGUUUGGAAUUUAAUCGCAGAUAAAGUUUCAGCCCAGAGUUUGGGAACUGAUCCCUAAUCAGUACUCGAGGGGAACCUUACUGUAAGGAGCUUCUGUAAGUGAAGACACUUGUCCACAGUGUAUAGGCAAGAAAGGGGAAAGGAACUGUAAAAGGAAUUCUAAAUAAAAAUCUGAUAAAUAUAUAUCUUAAAUUAGAAUCAGAUUGGGUCAUUCCAUCAUGUAACAUUCCUUUAGGAUUACCUUAUGGUCUAUGAUCAUGUGGUUGAUAAACAGUACCAGCAUUUACCAAACUACAAGCACAAUGUCCACAGAGUGAAGUAUAAAUGUUGGGGUUCUUCGUCUGACAGGAAAAAAACAUCUGUUAUCGUCCCGUCACGUUUGACAACGGGUAUUUAUUCUUCCAUUUCAGCCGUUUAACACCAACCAGUGAACCUCUUUCACUUUCAGGACUCCCACUUUGUUCCCAGGUGGAACGAACACACGUGGUUCAGACAAACAAUAUGGCUGCCAAUUAAGUUGCUGGUAUAUAAAUGCUACACAGUGGUGGCAGCCAGUGGAUGCCUUUGGUACUGGAGCCCAGCAAUAUGCUUUGGCUUGAACAGCAGCUUAGCAGUUUAAUUCUCUAUCUGUGAUUCUGUAAUAUCUGCUGUGCUGAAUAUAAAGCUUUGGCAGAGUCAAAAAACCCUGUGGUGGUCACUGAAAGUUAACAAAAAGGACAAAGCUCACAGAAGUACUGGAUGAAAAUGGGCUUCAGUGCUGACCACUGCAACAUUGCUACAAAGUUGGGUCAUAUUAGGCUGAAUGCCAAUGAAUAGCAUUUCCCUGCUCUAAAAGGAGUCUGGCAACCAGUACAUCUACAUUUUUAUAGCAACGUGAGACAAAGAACAGAACUUCAAAGAGCCCAAAUCAUCUGUGUCAUGGUGCGUCAGUAUCAUUAAAAUUAGAUAAAUAAUUAAUAAUGUCCAAGGGAACAGUCUCAACAGCAGUUCUUUUGUGAUCCUUAAAAAUGCACAAACUGUAUAGAAACGGUGGUCAUAAGAUUAAACCAAUAGGAAUAUGAUGGACAUAUACAGUAUACAGUGCUGUGCUAAAGGAAAAGUUAAACAUCUCAAGUAAUGGACAAUGCAGACUCCAGGAAAAGUUCCCUGUUUGUUUUCAGAUAAAACAAGCAAAGCAUCCUAAUUUAAGUUUCUUUGAAUUGCAUUACAUUGAAACCUGCUAUAAAUUUUUGUAGGCUAAAGCAGAAUCCUCCUAAUUUAAUGUUGUAGAAUAUAUAUAUGGAAAUAUACGCAACCAAUAUUAUAACUUUAAGAUCAUUUUAUAGCACAACAAUGAAACCUAUUCAUUUCACUCUAGCCUAAUGCAUGCAAUCUCAUACGACCCACUUUUGUAGCAGCUUUUUCCACUAGUGAUCUAGUGACCUCAAAACCCUUUCAUUAUUUUGGUUAACCCCUGUAUAUGCCAACACUUAAAAAAACAUUUUAUUCUACAUGGUUGGGUGGUUGUUUUUUUUUUUUUUUUUUUUUAUAUAAAUGAUACACUGUACUUGCUCAUUCUCCAGAAUCACCACAUCAUCUCAGCCAACAGCUAGCGGGAAUUAUUGACUGUUGUAUUAUGACAUCAUUCAUAGUCAUUAUGGAUAUUGCUGACAACAACUUGCAUCCUCUGAAUUUAGUCUUGCGUUUUUAUGACAAACACCAGGAAAUAAAUGCAACUCUCUUGUAAAUGCCUAAAAUAGACAGUGUAUGUUUGAGUGUAUUUAGGACAUUAGCGACUCAUGUCAAGCAAAGUGUUGCUCCUUGUCACUUCCUCUUCCUUCUGAUAACUUAGCGUUCUGUAGUAGUAGUGAAUUUAUUAAAAAAGGUCCUAACGUUGAAUAUUGAACAAAUAUGCAGAAAAUAAGAAACCUGUACAUAUAUGUUUAAAUAAAGAGCAUCUUUCAGGAA